AUGGGAAGACAAAGAUCAGGGAAUGAAACUAGUAGUCUUUUAGUAUUAGUAGUAGUAGUAGUAGUAGUUGCUGUUGUUUAUCUUGCUUUAUUGCCCAGUGUCUCAGCUACACACCACAUAUAUUGUCCACUUGAUACCAGAUAUGGACGCCUCCUACCACCAGAACCCAAACCCCAACCUAUACCAAGAUCACCGCCAUCAGCUCCAUUAUGCACGCCACCUCCACUCACUGAAUUAUCUCCACCGCUACCUCCGCCCACUGAAUUAUCUCCACCGCCACCUAUUCCAGAGCUUCCACCACCACCACCACCACCGCGACGCAGGCCUCCACGACGACGAUGCUUUCCUCUUGAUCCUUACUGCGAGGGUCGUCGUUUUCGUGAGGACUGCCCGCCAUGUCAUGACAAUGACUUCUACCCUCCUAAAAAACAUAACUAA